AUGAAACUCACUACCUGCGCUUCCGCUCUGGCUUUUGCCAGUGGUGCUCUCUCUGCACCCUCGGUAACUGUCGAGAAGCGCAACCCGACCGGUUCAUUCGAGCUCAUCGCAUAUGGCGCAGAAUCCACCACUAUCCCAAUGUUCUUUUCCGACGGUCUAGCUUACGCUGGCGACUCUUCCAAGUGGACCUAUGGAACAACGACCACCGACGUUACCUUCGUGAUCACCGAUACUGAGCUGAUUACUACUGCUACCACAUCCGGUGUCACUCUCGACAAUAGCACUCUGCUCUACAUUCGGCCCACCACUGACGAAGUCCUGCCGGUUGGCUUCACUGGUAAUGGCUAUGCCACCCCCUCUGAUGCCACAACUGAGGAGUUCCUCUUUUACGGCACAUACCUGAUGUGGGAAGAGGAGGGCGGUGUUCUCUCGGAUUCGUUCCGUCUUCUGGAGACCAACGUCUCUGGGGUUUACCAGUACUACUUUGAUGUCUCCAACACCUAUCCAUCUGGAUACAUUACACCUGUUGUGAAGUCCGUGUCUGUUUAG